ACUCCGGAUGAUGGGGACGAACCGAUGCCCAUCCCCGAAGACCUUUCCACCACGUCUGGAGGACAGCAGAGCUCCAAGUCCGAGAGAGGAGCGGGUGAGUCGGCCGGCCGGGCGUCCCAUUGGCGGGCUGUGGCACACUCUGUUCCCCUACCACCUAGGUCCCUUCAUCUCCUUCCACAGUCCUUGGUCAGGCGGUUGGGAUCAUCUUACCUGCUGUUUCCCCUCAACCACCAUGUUAGGAAGACAUGGGGUAAAGGUCACCAAGGUGGGGCCCUCAUGUGUGCGGGAGGACAGACAGGUCACCGUGGCCGUGACACUCACAUGCAGGGGCCAAAGAGCACAGUGGGAGAGCACCCCCCCCCCGCAUGGGGCACAUCCAUAGUGCUGUCUCCCGCCUUCGGGGUGCCGCAGAAAUACCCGGUUUUAUGGGCUCUAGGUAGUCACAAUUAUACAUUGUAUGCGUUAUGGCAGUAGGGUGAGUUAGCGUGAGAGCUUCGGUUUAGAAGAAACCAAGUCUGCCCAUUUUAUGUUGACCCUCUCAGCUGUGUGUCUUAAAUGCCAAAUUUAAUGCAAAAUAGAAAAUUUUAAAUGUUACAAAAAGCCUUUUGUCACAUGCCUUUUCCAUAAAGAGGUUUUGAAGUUUCCACAGUCCCUGCCAUGGUUAACUUCCACAUUACAGUUCACGUUUGGAAAGCCCGGUCUCCCCUCUUGGUUUUAUAGAACGGAGGUCCCAAGAAGUUCAGCAAAAUAACUGAGGUCAAAAACAGAGUCAGAAUCAGACUCAAUUUCUAACUCAAAGACUAGUUUUCACACUUUAUACCAUGUUCUCACGAGAUAAUGAGUCAACAGUUCUCUAGAAUACCUAUUUUCUCUUUCUUUUUUGGAAGUAAAAAAAAAAAAAACUGUGAUAUUGAGAGCCAUGUAUUUGCACAAAAGAGUGUCAUGUAGGGGACGCAGGUGGAAACAAGGAGGCAUGGAUCCCAUGUGGAGAGGCUCUGGAAGCAUCCACAGCCGAGGACGGUGAUGUGUGUGAAGGUCUCGGGGUUCUGGAAACCACCGCAGCUAUCUUUCUAUAGGACAUCCUGAUGUAGUAACCAAGAAACGCAUUUUGUGUUAUUUCCAUGUGUCUUAGAAACCAAGAAGACUCUGGGUAUAAGGGUUCUUUUACAGAAAAAAAUAGCUACACAAUUCAUGGUGCAAACAGACAAGGAGAGUGGCCAAAUCCAUUCGUUUGAGAUGAACCAAGGAGACAAGUACAUUUAUGACGUAUUUUUCCUAUUAGACUGUGGCCACUGGGCGUGGGGGAGUGGGUGGGAAGAGAAACAGUUCUGGAUUUUCCACAUCACUUCUGGGAUUCCCAAAGUUUGGACACACAAGAGCCCGCUGCUUUGUCGUUGACACAUUUAUUUUUAAGAUCAAGUCGUAUUGGUGUAUCACAUACAGUGCUAGCUAAGCAGUUCCUUUGAAAACACAUUGACAUAAAUCAAAAAGCCAAAUUUCAAGCCAGUGGUGGCACACGUGUAUGAUGAGAAUUUAAAGAUGGCACCCGAAUAGCUAAUGUUGGGGACGGCCCUGCAUCGCACCCCCCACCCCCGCCCGUCCUGGAAGCAGCCAGUGAGGUGGGUACUGUUCUCUGCACUUUGGACUGUGGCAGGUGUGUGCUCUUGACCUACCUGGGACACAGAGGAAAUUAGGUGGCUACGUUGCCACCAACUGUUCCAAUGAACCCGGAGCCCAGACAUCAGCAUCAGGACUCUGAAGUCGUCGUGGGUUAACCAGUGAGCGCUCCCUGCUUUCUUCGCCGCUGCCCCGAUAGUUGGCUGAUUCCCGGAGAGCAGAGGACAGCAUGGAGUGUACUUGGCAUAGGUCAAUACACACUCCUUACAGGUGCCUUCACGAUAUUCUAGAUGCACCUCUUGUCAGAUUCCAGUUGCUGGGGACCUUUCCCUAGUACGAGGCCACCAGGCCGCUGGCGGGCACUCCUGACUCCUUCCCAGGCUGGUUCUCUCGGCUGAGGCUUGAGCUCUAGAGGUUAGUGUGCCCUGGGCAGGUGUGGCGUGGAACUGGGGCUGGUCCGUGGUUCCCUGUGGUCUCCCGCCAGUGGUCCCUUGCCACGUGCGACAGGAUUUUCAUCUGCUUCUCCUACUGGGAUGAAGUUUGUGACAGAUGAAUUCCAGAAUUGUAAAAUUUAAGACACCUGGAAAGCCUCUCUGGCUUGGCUUGUAAAGAGUGGUUGCUGUAGCCGUAACAGGGCCAGGCAGGGAGAGCCAUUUGAAGGGGGGUGCCGAGACGCCGUUUCGGAGAGCCAGCGCUCCCCUGGAGGGGCUAGAGGUCAAAGCCGGUUAUGGAUCGCUGCCAGGAAGCCAAGAAAUGCAGAAGCGUGGAAGCCGCUCAAAUGCGCAAGAGGGGAGGGGUCUGAGGAGCAGUUAGCGAGAACGAGAAUUCCAGAAGACCAAGCACAGGGAGGCAUCAAGGCAGUCGGUUAUUCUCCGCAGCAUCUGAGUUUUAGAAACCAUGCUUUAGGAUUUUUGUAGGAAACCAACUAGCAUUAGCGUGUGCUGAUAGGUUGUUUCUGGAAGUGACUUGUCAUACGUGGCGUUAAACAAAUUAAGUGUGCAAGUGGCAAUAGGAGACGAUGGAAAAAAAACCCCGGGGGGUUGUAGAUGGGAGGAUGGGGGAGGUGCGUUUGAAGCCCUGUGUCAUCAGCUCCACGGGAAGAAGCCAGAAGAGCAGAGGGGUGUUAGAGGGCAGACAACAGGAAGUGAGAAACAGCCCCUCCCUGCACCGAAGGAGUGAAGUGUCUUUGUUGAGCGCUGGUCCCAUAGAAGGAGUGGCAAGGGGUGGCGAGGGCCGGUGGCGCAGGGGGAAGGCUGCAGAGUCAGAGGAUGCUUCUCACGUCCAAAGCCGAGCCCUUCUCGAGGCCGGCCGUGUGCCUCUGGCCAGACUUUCACCACCUUGGAGCCUGUUUCCUCAUUUUCAAGAGGCAACAGCGGUGAAACUCAUCUCAUUUCCAGGGCUUCCAGGGUUACAUGAAAAAAUAGAAACCUACUUUGCUGAAGACAGAGUGGCAAAGGCAGAACGUAAAAAGGACAGUUAAAAAAGCAGAAAAAGGAAGCAAUUUGUGCAAAGCAGAUCUUGUAAAGAUUGAUGAGACAGAAAGACCGCCCUGUGGCUGGUCUGCUGGAGGGAAGGGAAAGAGAAAACAGGUAACGUUUGGGGCUCCGAGGACAGAAGGACAAUUUAUUGAUAAUAAUAAAAAAAAUUGACCCAAGGAAUAGGCAAACUGAAAAUAGAACCCAAAUAGAGGAAUUAGAAGAGAGCUCGGGGGCGCUGGCCACUGCCCGACCCAAGUGGACGGACAAAUGGCCAGGUGCCCCAAAGGUGCAAACUCUUUGGCGAUAAUGGCCCCCUGGCGUGUCUGCUUUAAGAGAGACCAUGGGCCGUGGCUUCCAGUAAUGUUGCCCUUCAGGGGUAGACGCGUCGAAUCUCAACUCUAGUCUUGGACAAAUCGGUGGGGAGUGGUAGAAACCAACCCCGCCUGGUGGAGAGAAGUGGCAGCCCUAAUUUUUUUUAAAAAAACUGUUUUAAGUUUAUUUAUUUAUUUUGAGAGAGGCAGAGAGAAUCCCAAGCAGGCUCCGUGCUGUCAGGGUGAAGCCCGCUGCGGGGCUUGAACUCAUAAAAUGUGAGGUCAUGACCUGAGCCAAAACCAAGAGUCAGGUGCUUAACCGAGAGGUUCUACAUUUCAUUCCUUCACCCGGUGUUGGAGGAACCCUGGAGGACCGUGUAGAAAUAUGGCCUCCUGGAUUAAAGAGACAGAGAGAGAGAGAGAGAUGGGGACCAGAUGUCAGAGGAGUAUGGCUACAGCUCUUACGUGCCUCCAUUUUCUUCUGGGCCCCAGUAAGAGGAAACAGAGACGUGAAAUGUAACUUGGAGAAUUGAAGUUGGACGCAGAGGAGAACUUCUGGGUGGGGAGGGAUGUCGUCUUCUUCAUGGGACGAUAGCUUCUGCUUCUGAAGUGGUCUCUUUAAAAAUGAGAGAAGUCUCACCUCUCUGAAGUGGUUGUGUGUGAAAGCACGUAACACAGAGUGUGUACUCAGUGACCGCUUCGGGCAACCCGACGUGUACCCGCUUCGCCAUGGCAGCCAGGUGAGAGACGUGGAAAACUGGGGCUCGAGAUUUCUUCUAGGGGCUUUUGAAGGCAUCUCGCGUAGGAAUGAUGGCAGGGAUUAGCAUCCAACAAGGCAGAUAGAUAGCCUUGCGCGGAAAGAAACUACAAGCUUCCCUAUUCUCUGCCUUUAUUCAGUGACCCCUCGCCUCUUCCUUCUUUGAUGCCUUGUCCUCCCCUCGCGUGAACAGGGUUCCGAGUCCCGACAUUAGGCACGGGUCCUCCUCAAGCCCCAGGGUGCUUUGGGGGAGCGUGCAGGCCUGGAGGGGGGCCCUGGCCUGGGGUCAGAGGCUGGCUCCCUGCCAGACAGGUGCGGGGCACGGAGGAGACCCCUCCCCUGUGAAUGGAGAGGGCUGGCAGGGAGGCAAGCCUGGGGGCCGGAGCAGAGGAGGAAGGGAGGAACCAGAGUCAGGGAAGAAAGAUGGGAGUAGAGAUGGCUGUCCCUGAGGAAGACAGUCAGCAAACGUACAGCAGUUGACUCAGUAGAAGGCCAAAGACUGGAGACUGAUGGGGGUUGCUGAAGGCUUGUCCCAGAGGGCUUGGCCACGUGAGCAGAUUGUGGGGAUCCAGUCACUCUCCAGUUACUCUGGGCCUGAAUGUGGGGCGGGAACAUGUAUUUACGCAUGCCGCUGCUUUCUUCUGGAAGGUGUUUCUCUUGCACUGUUCACUUGCGUGACCCACCCCACCCCAGGGUCGGUGCUUUGUUUCAGGACCUCUCUCCAGUAGGCAGUGUGUCACGUCCCAGGGUGGUGCUUGGAGCCUAGCUCUGCACCCCCCGGGUGGCCUUCUCGAAGCUAAUCUGGCUUUCCAUCAAGUCCCUUGGACCACGGUUUGCUUCACACGCUGGCAAAAAUGGAAAGAAAAAAAAAAAGAAAAAAUUCUAGAUUUUUUCCCCUUUCCCUUGAAUCCAGGAAAAUGAUCAAGGAUGUGAAGACAUAAAUUUUCUUUUUUUUUUUUUUUUUUUUUUUUUGAUGUAUGCGAAGUAAAAAUCCCUUCACUGCGUCAUGAGUUCGAGGACAGAUUUGGAAGAGUCACAUGCUUCUAAUUGGUCCAUCAGGGUGCCCGAUCUCACCCUUCGUUUUCAAGUUUAGGCAGAAUCCCAAGGCAGCGCCGAGAGGUGGCUGCGUGCCUGGAAGGCUUCUCGGCAGCCUGGGGAUGAGGGGGACACGGUGCAGAGAGUUUUUCCCAAUGGAGAGAGAAAGCAGUGGCUUUGGUCUAAUUGGAGAUUGGGCACCGGCUUUUGAGGACGGAUGCUAUGCCUCCUUAUCUAAUCAGCAGUUAGAGGAAGUUGUUUUUAUCUGUGAAAUGCAUCUCCUCUGAACCGAUAAACCCCAGUUUGGUGAGGGAGGAAAAUUAUCUAACAGCAUCUGAGCGCUGGCUGCAGCCGAGCUCAAGUGCCUUCAGAUGGGAUACACCCUUGCGAAAGCAGUCCCAAGGCCAGAAGCUGCUUGCACGACUCCUGGUGGCUGGCUGGCUGGGUUUGGGGGGUUCAUUGUCCUUUGAGGCAAAACUGAAAGCCUGUCACUUGGAUUCUUGUUCACCUCGCCGUGCGUUCCGUGCAAUGGCUCCAGUGGUGCAAAAGCGUAAGAUUCUGCAUGACUCCCCUGUGGCUCACUGUCCCCGUCUCGGAACGCCUCCCUGAGAGGGACGUGUUGUCCCCAGGACGUUUCCAAGCCCCGAUGAUUGCAGUCGGAAAGACUCCCAUUUUCCUGAAUCUCCCCAAACAUGAGAGGUGGCCUCACGAAAGUGGGUUUGCCUCCCCCGCCCAAGACUUUCAGGGUUUCAGAAGAGCGGCUGGUAUAGAACAUGUUCAUUGCUUCCCGUUGGAAUGUGUUUUUGUCACCCCUGUGUCGUUGGCCAGUGCAGAGCACGGAGGCUCUGUGGGGGUCUCUGCAGGAUGCACGGCUUGUGGCGCCCCGGAUGAGGGCGAGUGACUGUGUGUGAUGCCAGCAUCAUCUUUUACUGUGUUUCCUGGGGACGGGCGGGACGGGACCACACACGCUGAAGAACAUUCCUUGGAAAAAAAUGAAACUGGGGUGUGUGUGUGUCUCCUGUGUGGUGUUUGACAAGAACUCACAGUUCCCCUGGAGGAACAUCUCUGGCCUGGGACUCCAUCCCUGGCUCUGCUGUGUCCAUCCUUGCUGGCCCUGGCAGGUGGAUUCACACCGUUCCCGUCCCCGGGAGCUGACAGGACUCACCCUGCCCACCGCUGUCAUGUGGAAACCACGGGCCAGGUGGCUCACAGGUGGACGGUCAUCCACAGAGGCCACUGCUGGGUAAUCGCUAUCUUUCCGUCCACCGGGCUCGCCGUGAGAUGUUCCACAGCACCUGGAUGGAUAGGCAUGUGCCAUCCAUCCUCACGGCCGGCGACUUUGCGGGGAGACCCUAAUACGAGUGACCUCCCCCAAAGCCCAGCGUCCUUAAGAAAUGAGGCAGAGAGAGCAGGACAUGGUCAGUCUAGCAAGGCCCUUAGAUUCCCAGGCUGAGAGCAGGGGACAAGGAAGAGUCCAGCCCGGACUGGACAAUGUGGGAGCGUUACGCUGCCUCCGUGGAGGGACAUCGGUCAGGAGCGUGUGUGUGGGGAUGUUGGGCUGCUGUGCUGUUCUGUUCUGUCCUGUCCCUUAUGGACUGUCUGGUGAGGGCCCGUAUGGACUGCACGUGUGCACGAAUAAAUGCCCACAACGUCCCAGAGGUUCUCAAGGUACGAUCCAAAACAGGGCCGCCACGGGAGGCUUCCCCUGCUGGGUUGACUUUGGGAUUUGUGCAGAUACCAUUGAUGCUGGCUUAGUUGUUUGCUCAGACCUCGGCUUCUCGGAUCUUAGGACCUCCCAUUCAGUAACAUUCAUGCCGACAGAGCCCUUCGUUGUGCCGAGCUGAUGCCACGAUGCCAAAUGCACCAGGGGUCGUGGCCAAAUGCACCACAGUGAUGCACAAAAAUGUAGGGAAGGAAGACUUGCUCCUCGCUGAGCUGGGCGGAGGGGAGAAGAGGGUUGGGGAGGACUCCCCAAGUAGAAGCUGGAGCAGGUAGGAGGGCUGAGCCACGUUGGACUUGAGGAACAGUGGUGGCUGGGUAGAAGGCAAGAGCGCGGGUGAAGAGGCUUCCUCCUGGGAGUGAGGCGUGAUGCUCGGAUGGGACCCCUCCCAGAGUGACAGUCUGGGGGAUGAUUGUGCCGGAUCUGUGUGCUGGAGAGAGCCCUGGGGACAGUUGACAGGGAGACGCAAUUUGUGCCAGAGCGUGAAGGCUGCAGCAGAAGGAGGCAGGGCGGUGGCCGCCACAUUUGUGCAUCACUCAAUGUGGAACAUGCAGGAAGUGACUGCAGCCUCCACCUUGAUGACUGGAAGGCGGUCAUUCCACUGAGCAGAAUGGGAAUACAUGGGGGGUUGGGUCAACUAGACAUGUGAUGGCAGUUGGUAGCCAAGGAACCUUCUGGAGGGCAGCAUGGGUGUAAAGGAGGCAUAUUAUUGUCUAGGAGAGAAGGCAAGGAAGGAGGCAGAGAAUGAGCUGUUGGAUUCAGGUGAAAUUUCUAGAGAGAAAUAUGGUGUAGAAGCCACUACGAGAAGUGAUAUCGAGGGUGAGAAGGGUGAGCGGUGCUGGAGAACGGGGCCUUCGGGAGAUCAGUGGUGGAUCCCUAAAAAUAGCUCAGCGGGACGGAGGCCUGAGCCCAAGCGUCGGGGAGCACUGGUGAGUAGAGGGUAGGAAGCCUGCCCUACCUGCGGGUUGAUCUGUAGGAGAAGAAUAUGAAUGUAUAUUUGAAGGCCAAUAAGAAGGAGCAGGUGGAGAGGAAGGAUUAAACUAGCAUAGCCCAAGGGGAGGCCCAGGGGAGGUAGGUUGAGCCAUCCUGGGCUCUGCCUUGGCCACAUCCAGGCCUGCAGCAUGCUCCCCGUAGCCUUCCCCCUCACUGCCCUCAGUCUCCAUCCAGAAGCGCCGGAAAAGAGGGCCUUCCUUGAGCCCACCCUGGAUGGCAUCGCCAGUCCGUACCUCCCUACCCUGCUGUUGUUCCCAACGCUGCCUGCCACCACUCAGAAAGAAAGCACUCCUCUGGGAUUUGCUCAGUCUGCACCCCCAACACCUGGACCUCCCAUGCACCGAGUAGGCCUGCGGGGCAUGUACCAAAUGAGUGCAGGGAACGGGGCAGUUGCUCUCUCAGGUAGGACCCCAGAGAGAGGAAGUGAAGGGGAAGGAGUUAAAGGCUUUGUCUGAAUUCAGGGUCCACCCUGUGGAUUAUUUUAGGUCACUGUUUCUCAGUGGGAACAGUUGGUAUUCGGGGCAGAGAUGACUUCCUUGGCUGAGACUGUCCCUCCCGCUGGGGGAUGUGAGCCACUGGUGUCACACCUGAUGAUAAAUGUCUCCACACAUUUCCCAGGCGAGCCCCUGGAUUCAAGCCCUGCCCUCGAGCCUGAACACGUCAACCCCACACAAUUGAGCACAUUCACUGGGGCAACUUUGGGCUGAUUAAUGUAGUCAGUAGGUUCUGGAACCUGACUAUGCAUUUCUUUUACAAAAGGAAUUCCUGUAGAAAAACUGGGCCACAGAUGGUUGAAGAACUCUGCCCCUGGCGUUUCCAACCAUGCUUCAUGUCUCCAAAAGUGCAUGUUCACUUUGAAAAGUUGCGGGGGCGCCUGGGUGGCUCAGUUGGUUAAGCGUCUCAUCUGGGCUCAGGUCAUGAUCUUGUGGUCCGUGAGUUCGAGCCCUGCGUCUGGCUCUGUGCUGACAGCUCAGAGCCUGGAGCCUGCUUCAGAUUCUGUGUCUCCGUCUCUCUCUGUGCUCCUCCCCCGCCCUCUCUCUCUCUCUCUCUCUCUCUCUCUCUCUCCCUCUCUCUCCCUCUCUCUCUCUCUCUCAAUAAUAAACAUUAAAGAAAAAUUUUUAACAAACAACAAAAAAGUUGUUUCCUUUCACAAAUAGAAAUCAGUGUUUAUCUUCAUUUUAUUCUGACAAAUUCAGGAUCACAUCGUGCCCAAUCGAUUUACCCAAGGCAAUAGAUUCGUGUGCACCAGGGUAGAUAGAUCAACAGCAUUUUAUGUCCUAGGUGGUCCGGUCCCAAUUUCAUUUUCUGCUCUGUUCCAUCUGUGUUGAAAGAAUACCGAGCUCUGGGCAUAAAACAACCAACCGACAUUUCGUUAACUUUCCUCCUAUAUGGGGUUUCAGAAAGAAAUGGAAAAAAAAAAAAAGGUUUUGAGUUGUGGUUACCACUCGCCACCUGUCCUCCUAUCUGGUUAGGACAUUUUCUGAUUUGGGAAGUGUAAAUAUAACUCAAAAAAAAAAAACAAAAAAAAAAAAAAACAAGCUUCCCCUCCUUUUAUGCAAAAAGUAGAAAGGUUUAAGCAGAGCAGAGCCCUAACCAUUGCCUUGCAAAGUUUCCACAGAACCAUUUCAAUUAGAUGAAGAGGCUCAGUGAGGCUGGCAGCCCCAGGAAGCCGUCUUACUGGUUCCACAGCUCAACAGUGGUUGGGGCCAGGCUACUGUACCUGCCAGAUAAGCCCUGCGUUCUUCCAAGUCUAAGCAGAAACUACAGGGCAUGCAUUACCACAGAUCUGCUCAAACCCUCAGCCUGUUAGGAUUUGGGGGUGGCGGGGCAGGGAGCGGUUGACAGACGCGUAGGGAACUUAGAAAGUAUGUUCAAGUUCGUGGUGUGCCGGGGCCAGCGGGAAUAUACCAACUGUUAGAGGCUCAGAGAAGCUUCCAGGCUCGGGUUCAACUGUUGGUAGCUUGAAGCCCGCUGCGGUUGGAAGGAUUUCCACCACAGAAAUCGGCAAGUGCUACGAAUUAGGGCUUUUUUUUUUUUUUCCUUUUCUUUUUUGAGAGCUGGUUUACCUGCGCGCCACUGGCUUAAGUUCUAUUUUAAUGUCAUCCAGCUGCAGUGACAUUCGAAAACAGGAGAUGCUUUGGUGGAGCGCUGUGGGGACAGGAGCCGGUGUUUGUGGAGCGGGUUAUGGAAGAGGGGUGAGGGGAAAACACGAGUGUGUCCAACCAAAGGGUUGGUUCCCGAUGACUCUGCCGUUGAGGUCGCAGCCUGGAAACGUCACACGGAGCUGGCCCUCUCUGUAUUAAUACAUAGAAUGCCCCCCUCGCAUGCUGGUUUUGUUGCUGGGAGUGUGAUUAGAAAAGCAUUUCCGUGGGGCAUUCAGUUGGUUAAGCGUCUGACUUCAGCUCAGGUCAUGAUCUCGCGGUUCGUGGGUUCAAGCCCCGCAUUGGGCUCUGUGGACAGCUCGGAGCCUGGAGCCUGUUUCGGAUUCUGUGUGUCCCCCUCUCUCUCUGCCCCUCCCCUACUUGCUCUCUCUCUCUGUGUCAAAAAAAUGAAUAAAUAUUUUUAAAAAAAGCAUUUCUGUGCCUAACCGAUGAGAUAUUUUUAUUCCUCUUGCUGUUAUUUUGGCUUGAAGGGCUUUCAAAUGCAAAGCAAGGCUUGUCCACGUUACAGGAAUAGGUGACUGCAUCACAGUGACUUUCUUCCAGGAAAGCGUCUAGCCUCACCAAAUCCUUCAAAACUCGGGAUUGGGCUUCUGAAAAGAAAGUUUCGGUGACUGACUUUCUUGGAUUACAUACAACCCUGAGGUGUCUGUACAGACAUCUGGGGGUUGACCCCUUCCAUUGUCCUUGGGCGUGCAGUGGCUUCAGUAGGGACACUUUCUCAGCAAGGGCUCAGCCAUAUGCAAGCAGCUGGGGACAUUACCGGAGGCAAACCCGACUGUCCCAAGCCCCGCUGAUGCUCUUUGCAAGUUCCUGCCUCAAAGCACCUGCUGGGUGCUGCAGUCCCAUUAGCCAAAGAGCCCUCUGUGCCCUACUUUGGGGAGGGAGCGAGCUGCAGGGACCUUUGAGCAGCGGGCCUUGGGUGUGUCUCUGCAAGGCUGCCUGCCAGGAGAGUAUUUCCCCCACAGGGGAUGUGGCUGCAGGCUGUCGAUUUCCACUGAAAUCACCAGGGCAGGAUUCCGGUGAAGCCCUGAACAUCCGGUGUCUUUCCCCACCGGGCGGGUGCGAUCGAUGGAAGGCCUCCAGCCAGCUCCCUGCUGCAGAGCGCGUGGCAAAGGUGGCCAUUCUCUUUUUCAGAACGAAAUCCUGCAGAAAUGGGAAAAGAACUUUUUUAUGACGGCCCGGCAGGCGGCUCAACGAUUCUUUUUUGUCUCUUCUUCUUGGAACCCGGCAGAAUCAUCCUGCUUUCACAAUCGCCACGCUGUGCAGCGGGCGAUCUAGAACCCCGCCAGGGCCCCCAGAGCGCUCAGAUGGCCCGGGUUCGCGCCAUCGUGUUCCAUAAUGACCAUUAACGACUCUCUGGUGUGGCCACCCCUUAUUUCGGCCUGGAGUCACAGGGCAAUCUGUCUUCGGUGAAAUCCACGCUCGGUAGAGAAGGCUGUGGUUUUGAGUGAAGUGGUUUUAACCCCGAGAAGAUAACUGAGUUAUUUUGUCACUGUAAACACUACAUAGACUCACAACAGCAAUGCAGUGCCAUUGUUGCUAAUAAAACAGUUCCCACGCUGAACUUUGGAGCUGCCAGCAUUAAAAGUUCUGUGUUUGUCUUCCUGUUUCAGUAGGUGUUUCUACAGUUUUUUUUUUUUUUUUUAAGUAGGCUCCAUGCCUAGCGUGAGGCUCGAACUCAUGACCCUGAGAUCAAGAGCUGUGUGCUCUUCUGACUGAGCCAGCCAGGACCCCUCACUGGCUGGUUUUUUUUUUUUUUUUUAUUACUGACGGAGUGUCUCCUAAAAACUCAUCCUUAAGAUCAGGCUUCCCUGGACGCACACACAGCACACACAGUCACACUCUCUAGAUGUCCCGUGUGGCUCUUUCCAGUUGGGUCCUGGGCAGACAGCCGGGCUCUGGGCCUUCUGACAUGUGCCAGCUCUCAGUCCUUGUCUGGGAACAGGGGUAUCACAGAUGAGUAAGAACCCGCAUCCCUGGAAUGUAUUCGUGAAAUGUAGGAAUCAGAUGUCCUAGGGCAGCACUGUCCGAUGAAGACAGCAUGAGACCCACAGCCAUAAUUCUCAAUUUCCCAGUAGACUCAUUCAAAAAGAAAAUGGCGCAGGUGAGAUCCAUUUUAAUUUAUCUGACUGGACGGGGCACACCCCAAGUAUUCUUAUUCGAACACGCACUCAACAUAAGCCAUCGUUAGUGAGUACUAGACUGUUCUUUGGUUGUAGUCUUUGCACCGCAGUAUGUGUUACGCAUAUGACACAUCUCAAUUCACAGUGGCCACAUUUUGAGCACUCAGAAGCCACCUUGGCCAGGGGCCACCUGCUGGAUGUCCAGAGUUCUGGAAAGGGCUGUGCUACCUGUCAUAGAAAACCUUUUCAGAUUGAUCCUUGCUGAAAUUUGGCCAACAGCUGGUCAUUUAUCACCGCUCCAAAGUAGCGUUUAAGUCAGUUUUCUCUUCAAAAUGUUUUCUCAAUUGUCCUCCCCAAUUAAGGUGAAAAUUUGCUUGUUUUGGCUCUUCCGUGUUGAGCCCCAUUUGAUUUAGAGAAAAUCUAGGUCCAGUCCAAUUUUUAUGUCAGUCUGGUUUAUUUUAUGUAGCUCUAUCUUUUUUUAAAAAUGUUUAUUUUUGAGAGAGAGAGAGAGAGAGAGAGAGCAAGCAGGGGAGGGGCAGAAAGAGAGGGAGACACAGAAUCCAAAGCAUAUUCCAGGCUCUGAGCUGUCAGCACAGAGCCCGACUCGGGGCUCAAACCGAUGAACUGUGACAUCGUCACCUGAGCCGAAGUCGGACGCUCAACCGACUGAGCCACCCAGGCGCCCCAGCUCUGUCCUAACUGGAGAUGACUGGUCGGCCUCUCAUGAAGCUCUCUAAAAUAACGAGAACAGGGCAGUCUGUCAACGUGCAGAAACCAGUUCGUUUUCCAAAACCGAGUGACUGAGUUCCGUACAGACAGAAAUACAGUCCUUUUUGUUUCGAGGGUUUCUUUUUUCUUUUUUCUUUUUGAAAUGAAGCAAUUGCUUUAUAGACCUGAAGCACAUUCCACGAGCACAGCAUUUGAGGACAGGCAUAAAGCUUCUAAGACAGACACCAUCGCAUCUGUGAAAUUGUUUUUAAAAAUUGGGGACAAUGAAACUUCUCAAUAACUUCCUAAAAGAUACUGCUGCAGCCUGAUGAAGCGAUGGGAGCAGAGGUGGUAAAGGGAAGGCUUUUUUAUUUCUUUUAGUAGGAAGGGCAGCAGCAAUCUGCCUUUAGGGAAGCCUGAUGUCCCCCUUCAGCACCCAUGUCCCGAGAGCCUGGCCACGGGGCGCUCAGGCGCCCGACCCUGCCUCACUGCGUGCAGCCCAGACCCCAGCCUUCCUGUACGAGGACGCCACAUGCUUACUAAUUGCUGUCCUUCCUGCAUUUCAGGAGACAGCGUGUCCUCCUGUGGCUGCUGUGUUUCCUGAGCAUGCCAGGACCCACAGAGUCACAGAUUCAGCCUUGUGGCUCUGAUUGUCCUAUUCCUGUCUGGUGAUCCUUUUUGCUUUCUUUGCUGCCUUUCUUCCCUUCCUUUUUAUUUUCCUUCUUUCUUAAUUUUUCCCCCCUUCCUUCUUCCCUCCUCCUUUCUUGCUUUUCUUCUCUCUUCCUCUUCUUCCCUUUCUCCCUUCCUUCCUUCCCUCUUUCCCUCUUUCCGACCUUCCUGCCUUCCUUUCUUUCAACAUUGAUCUUGGUACAGUUUCAUCAGAAUUCUGUUCCUUGGGUCCAGGGACCAGUGGCUGAAACCUUUUGCCCAGGAAUAGACCAUUUCAAGAGGCCAGAGGCAAGGCCACCCCAGGUACCCUCGGGUCCCAUGCACCUGUAUGGUAGGUAACUGAGAGUCAGAGCCACACGGGUCUCCAGGUCACUAACUCUUGCUUUUUGCUGCUUGUUCUGCGAGUUAGACAGGGGUUACCUGCCAUCAGUUAGGGCACGUCUGGGCGGCUCAAGUCGGUUGGACGUCUGACUCUUGAUUUCGGCUCGGGUCAUGACCUCCUGGUUCAUGAGAUCGAGCCCCACAUCGGGCUCUGCCCUGACAAUGUGGCUUAGGAUUUUCUCUCUCUCUCUCUCUCUCUCUCUCUCUCUCUCUCUGUCUCUGCGCCCAUCCCCUGCUUGUGCUUUCUCUCUCUCAAAAAAAAAAAAAAUCUUAAAAAAAAAACCACCAAAUUUUAAUUAUAAAGCAGUGAGAAUUGUUUUCAGGGCUGCCAUAAAGGUUCACCCUAAAAGAACUCCUCUGGACGAUGAGUCUAGCUUAUCGUAGAAGGUUUUGAAGCAGAAGGUCUGGGUUAAAUCUGGUCUCUCAGCCUCACUGCAACCGUGAUGUGGGGCAGACUAACCACCCACUACCUUCAUGUGCAAAACACACUGAAUGCGUCCUGCGGUUUUCCUAAAUGCAGAGUGUGGAAAGUGCUGUUUUAAAAGUGUGUUAACCUGGGGGCGCCUGGGUGGCUCAGUCGGUUAAGCAUCCGACUUUGGCUCAGGUCACGAUCUCUCGGUCAGUGAGUUCGAGCCCUGCGUCGGGCUCUGGGCUGAUGGCUCAGAGCCUGGAGCCUGCUUCCGAUUCUGUGUCUCCCGCUCUCUCUGACCCUCCCCCGUUCAUGCUCUGUCUCUCUCUGUCUCAAAAAUAAAUAAACUUAAAAAAAAAUUAAAAAAAAUAAAAUAAAAUAAGAUAAAAUAAAAUAAAAUAAAGUAAAAUAAAAUAAAAUAAAAGUGUGUUAACCUGGGGGCGCCUGGGUGGCUCAGUCAGUUAAGCUUCCGACUUCGGCUCAGGUCAAGAUCUCUCGGCCUGUGGGUUCGAGCCCCGCAUCGGGCUCUAUGCUGACGGCUCGGAGCCUGGAGCCUGCUUCGGAUUCUGUGGUUCCCUCUCUCUCUCUCUCUGCCCGUCCCCUGAUCACACACUCGUGCGCACGCUCUCUCUCUCUCUUCUGAAAAAUAAAUAAACAUUUAAAAAGAUGUUUAUUUAGGGGCGUCGGGCUCUGUGCCGACAGCUCGGAGCCUGGAGCCUGGAGCCUGCUUCGGAUUCUGUCUCUCCCUCUCUCUGCCCCUCCCCUGCUUGCACUCUCUCUCUCUCAAAAAUAAAUAAACAUUAAAAAAAAAAUUUAAAGUCUGCUAACCUACCUACCUGGGUUGGAAGGGAUGAAAAUUUGCCAUGUGUUUACCAUAUGCAUUUCCUCAUGGAUGGAUGGAUAGAUGGAUAGAUGGAUGGACGGACGGAUGGACGGAUGGACAGACCACGCCCUUUGCCAACCUCCAUGUUCAUGUCUCUGUCCCUUCCGGUGGAUCUUGAUGAUGUCAUUGGGUCAUGUUUAGAAGCUCCUUCUCUUUACACACGGCCAACCCGUGCAGUCACAUUCUUUGCCCUCUAGGAAGCGUAUUUUAGAACUCCCAGAAUGUUUGCCUAACUUCUCUAAGCACGCCUAGAAUUCUUUCACUUUUUUGACACAAGAGGCACAGAAAGCACAAAGACACCUGUGGUGCAAGGCUUAGCAUCUGGUGUAAGCUGCCCGGGGUUGGGGGGCGGGAGGGGCUACUGUGCACCUGCCCACAGGGUUCAGCUAGACUGCGAGACCCUCACAGGCAAGUAAGCGUUUCCCCUACGGUUUCUUCCCCGUCACAGAACACAGUGUGGGGGGAAGGAGAAACAUAACCAACAUCCCACCUUACAGAAACGCCAAGUUCGGUGUAUGGUGAAAACCCUCUUCAGGCUGUCUUUUCGUGAGCCUGGCCGCAGAAAUAGAAAGUCAUCUCGGGGGGGAGCUGAAAGAGCCAGUGUUGUAACCAUCAAGUAAAAACAGUUAGCAGAAGGAAGGGAGCCCUGCUUCACAGCUGAGGGAAAAAUAAGAUGUGUCAUCUCAAAAUUUAAGUCAGGGGCGCUUGGGUGGCUCAGUCAGUUAAGUGUCCAACUUUAGCUCAGGUCAUGAUCUCGCGGUUUAUGGGUUCAAGCCCUGCGUCGGGCUCUGUGCUGACAGUUCGAAGCCUGGAGCCUGCUUCCGAUUCUGUGCUUCCCUUUCUCAGCCCCUCCCCUGCUCGUGCUCUGCAUCUCUCAAAAAUAAAAUAAAAUAAAAAUUUAAGUCAAACGUAAAUGGGAAAAGAUGAGGGAAAUGAGCCUUUUCAGUUUUGCUGUGUGAUUAGGGUUUGCCUUGCAGUCUAGAGUCUUCGGAGAUAACCCCCUCUGUCCACCCUUCAGGGGACAAAUAAUCUGAAUUAACGGCAUCUCGGGAUCUCAGAAGUAAUUACUGGGUCCUAUACCGAGUUAUCUUAUCAAGAUGUUCAUAGGUGUAUACUAAGAAUUUAUUCUAUCCUAUCCAGCCUUCAAAGCUAAAAAUAAAUCUGAGUUCUUACUGAUACGUUGUCCAAUACCAUAUUGUCUUUAACGUGCAAUCACUGAACAUGUUACGGGCUGAGAGACUAGAUGUCAUGGGCAUCAGGCCGCAUGAGAACUGGCUCCCGCAAGGAGUUCAAUAAACUGUCUACACCCCCAGGAAGCCCAGGCACCACAUAGGAUGGUAGGUUUGAAGCUAAGUGAUUAGCCCAAGUGUCGAGUGGCAUUGGCAUCCCAGCAUGCAGGGGAACAAGCUGGAGGUGGGACUGAGUGGCUCCAAGGAUCAGUUCAUAAGAUAAAUGCUUCCUAAGUACCCACUUUGUCCCAGGCAGCCUGUCAGGCACGAGGGCCACCAAGACAGAAAAAACCCAUGGGCUCUGAGAGCUUACCUUCCAUGGCAAACAGGAAGGACACAAUUGAGUAGAGAGAGGAAAACAGUAAAAUAGUAAAAAAUUAUAGAGGGGCGCCUGGGUGGCUCAGUCGGUUGAGCAUCCGACUUCAGCUCAGGUCAUGAUCUCACGGUUCGUGGGUUCAAGCCCCGUGUCGGGCUCUGUGCUUACAGCUCGGAGCCUGGAAUCUGCUUCAGAUUCUGUGUCUCCCUCUUCUCUCUGCCCCUCCUCCACUCCCUCUCUGUCUCUCUAAAUAAAUAAAUAAAUAAAUAAAUAAAUAAAUAAACAAAUAAAUGGAAUUUUAAAAAUUAUAGAAAUAAAAUCUAGAAUAAACGAUCUUCUUGUCUCAUAGACACUUCUGCCCGGUUUUGAACAUCUGCUAAAAUAUUCAGGUUGAUGCAUUAAAGUUCCUGGCUGCUCUUGUCAGGUGCACUGACUGCUAGGUCACUGUACCCCGAGUGGAAAGGUGAUUCAGAGCCUCUGCACGGGAAGGAAACAAGGAAAAUUUAGGAAAGCUUCUGGCGCCUCCCUCCGCCCCCAACCCCCACCCACUGAGCCAGCCGCACACCAUGCGUUUGAUCACUGUCAGGCUUCUGCUGCGCAGUGGGGCCCCCUCCCAUAAAGCAUUCCAGAAGGAAGGCCACUAAGCUAACAGGAGCCCAGCACGUUAAGUCCUUCAGCAUCGUUGAUGGGGAAAGGGCCAGCCCAUUUGCAUGUCUCCCAGGACAGCCUUAGGUUGACGCUGAUGAUUAGCAAAGUCGUGAAAUCAAAUCUGCUUGUAUCUAGAGCCACACUGGCAGUGAGUUGUGGGGGCCCUUCUGGUCACUGAAGGCAGCCACACUAAGCCCUCUGAACACCCCCUCCUCCUGGCUAACGUUUCCUGGGUCCCUCCAAGUGGGAUGAAAUCAGCACGAUAUUCCAUUUGCUUCACUUCCUUUGAGGGUCCCCCCACCCUUCCCCAGACAUUGGCUAUGUGCCCAGGUCCUUCCCCAAACUCGGCACCCGGAGGGCCCUGCCGGCCCUGGUCACUGCCUCUGGUGAGCUCACCUUUGUCCAAAGCUACGUUCGCCCUCGGGAUGUGAUGGAAGGUAGCAAGAAAGCUGUGUAGUCCUGAGGGACUCGUGGUCUGUAAAAACGUGGCUAUUAAACAUGUUUUCCAGGUUUGUGAACUUGAAUAUUCUAGUUCUGGAGGGCAGAGAGCUUAGCGGGAACAGAACCUUCCUUGCACAGGGCCCGGCUCCUCCAAAUGCAACGGGUUUACAUGCAGGCAGCUGUGUUAGUUUUCGUGCAGCCACAACCCCUGUCAACUGUCAACUCAGAAGACGUGCAUGAGUUUCUCGGACAUAACUGCUGAGGCAUUGCCCGGGAUAUUUGGAUCUCAGAGUAGGAUCAGGCAUUUAUCACUGUCUUGUUCAGUGGGGUGUGCUUCCCAUCAGCCUGCUAAGUUCUUGGAAUGCCAGACAUAGGUACAGCCAUGAAUAAGACGUCUUCUUCCCUUAAGAUGCUCCUCUUAACGGCAACUUCGGGAGAAGCCCACCUGAAAACGUACCCACUGCCCCUUUAUUUUUUCCUUUUCAUCAUUUAGAUAAUCUGUGUGUUUUUUUUAAUUAGAAUGAAAUCGGGGGGCGCCUGGGUGGCUCAGUCGGUUAAGCGUCCAGCUUCGGCUCAGGUCAUGAUCUCCCAGUUGUGAGUUCGAGCCCCGCAUUGGGCUCUCUGCUAUCAGCAUGCAGCCUGCUUCGGAUCCUCUGUCCUCCUGUCUCUCUGCCCCUCCCCCAUGCUCAAAAAUAAAUAAAACUUUAAAAAAUAAAGGAUGAGAUUGACAUAGGGGAGCUAAACCAUUGCCAGCUACGUUUUUGCAAGUUCUUUAAAAGGAGCAAAAUUCACACCAGGCAUCAAAGCAAAAAAAUAUGCCACUGUUUCCACCGGGAUGGUCUUGAAUCGGUUCAUUCCAGGCAAAGCCAGUCUUGCACAUGCCUGUGUCCGUCAGGCUUUUCAUGGAGUUUAAUUUUUACUUUUGUAAAUGGAAAUGUUAUCAUGUUACCUGCAGACAGAUGGGUCUGUCCCUUCCAUCCAGGAUUUCCAAGCUCAGUGUAAAUGUCCAGUGUGGUGUCACCGUUUCCUGGAUCUUUCAGGUGCAAGUGGCCUGCCGUAGAUACAGAAAGAUUUCUCAGGAAGUUGAAGCAAAAGGGAAAUCAGAUAGAAAGUGUGCUUUACAAUGACAGCGACAUGGAUGGCUCUCCCCGUGAGGGUUCAGACAAGUCCUCGGGGUCUGUGCCCGACAACGUCACGCUGCUGUGGUGAAUGCAUUUUCCUUCCCACACUGCCAGCAUUUUGGGUCAGGAAGGCUCACGUUCCAAGCUCCACAGACAGACGGGAGAUCAAAAGGAGGGACGUUUUACCAUGAUCAAAAUGCGAAGUAUGUUCUUUAUUUAGGAAGAGCAAAGAAAAUCCCUGUGAUAGAUUUCCCUGUGAUACGCCAGGGACACUUCCCCGAGAAUUCCCGUUUCAGACAAAUCUGCCUAUUGCCCAUCCGCGGGCCGCACCUUUCGUAGUAGUAAAUAGGCAGAGAAGUGGAUUGUGUUUGGUUGGUCAGGAAAAUGAAUUCUUUGAAGUCUUCACUUGGUGUUCCUGGAAACAACACGGCCGACUCUUCAGAAUCCGUGGAAAAGAGCAUAUGAGUCCCAGCCACAAAAGAGAAAGAAUUGCUGAGAAGUGAUUUCAUGAGAUGCCCUCUAACUUGGCUGUUAGCAAAAUUCUCACACGCACACACAAAUGAGUGUGGGAUGUGUGCGUUGAGGAACAGUUAUUUUUGGCACACUCUUUGAGGUAAAACACCUCUGUGAGGUGCUGCUUCCACAUCACUACCCAGAUCAGAGCAAGAACGUGGUGGGUUCGAAACCAUGGAUGUCACAGCAUACCGACUCCGAGGCUCCGCCCACUGGAGAACCGAGCCUGGCCACCAUUUUGUUUUUGGGAUGGGCAAAUUGAACCAAUGGCUGUGCCGCAUGUGGUGGCAAGCUGGCCGCUGUUCUGAACACAAACAUGAGAAAAAGUAAAUAAAUGCAAACAGAACUGGAGACAGUCGGCACAAAAGAAUUCCAGUAAGCGGAUUGCUACCUUACGCAGCGAUGGUGCCCAGUGGUUGAACACAACACACCAGACUCAUGUGCUGAAGAUGCUGACAGCCUUUGCUUUUAACUCAAAAUGGAUUGGAGGGAGGUAGAGCACGGUGGUGGUGGUGACGUGGCUUAUCCAACUUAGUCCUCACAGUGCUUUCUCUGCUUUGUAGGUGAAGAAGGUCCCCGUGCCCAGACUGCCUAAAAUGGCAGUGGGCACUUGGGGUCAUUGGGCCUCCAUCUUGAGCUCAUGGUUGGUUAUAAAAUUAGUGAGGUCAAUUCACUGAUCUACAAAUCCCACAACCCGUGUAAACUCAGGUUCUCUGAUUCUAAGUCUUGCGUUCUUUUGGCGCUGUGUUGCUACCAUUUUUUAUGUGAAGCCUGUGUGUUUAUGAUCUUUGUUACCAUCCAAAGCGUGAUAUUAGUUGACUGAUAUAAUGAAACAUCCUGGAAUUCUAAAUGGCGUUAGGAAACUGGUAGAAAAGUUCGAUUGUGAUAUCUGCCGGCCAGGCUGGACCAUCCUUGGAACAUUUGUUGCGCACAUUGUAAGGAACAAAGAGGGUGAGGGAGGCACACUGGGGGGACUUCCUCAGGGAGCAGGACACACAAAAUGCUGCAGUGGUUGGAGGUACCAAAACCCAGAAACAGAGAAGGAGCAAAAUCAGUGUUUUUUUUUUCAAUUGUAUUUAAUGUUUAUUUGUUUUUGAGAGAGAGACAGAAAUAGAGCACAAGUGGGGGAGGAACAGAGAGAGGGGGAGACACAGAAUCCGAAGCAGGUUCUAGGCUCAGAGUGGUCAGCACAGAGCCCAACGCGGGGCUCGAACUCAUGAACUGCGACAUCGUGACCUGAGCUGAAGUCGGACGGUCGACUGACUGAGCCCCCCAGGCGCCCCUGAUGGAACCUAUGUAGGAUUUUAGAAGACAUGACGUGUAUUCUAUCCCUUCAAGCACAGGUAGAAUUUUAGAGAUGGAUGGGAGAAAGGGACAGGUUGGGGGGACACAACUGAGGGCCAAGGAAGUGCCAUGGCAACCGGGUUUCUGAGUGGGCUCGGGGGAGAUUCUGGGAGCAGGGCUGACCUUGGAGAAGGCCUUCAGUGGAUGUGUUCCAUAGGCAGUCAUGGCCAUGGGUGUGGGGAAUGGGAGGAGUCAUGGGAAGCAUCCCCCCAGAUGAAUGCCAAUUUCAACCAUUUCUUCUCUUCCCUUUUGUGUUUUUCCCUACCUGAAACCCAGUCACAUUUAGGGAAUUAAUGCGUAUAUUUUAAGUUAUGUUACAGAAUCUGUAGGAAAUCAGGUGGGCAGAUAGGGACACCCUCCAGGCAAAGGUUGAGUCAAGGCUUUAGAAACAAGACAAUGUAUCCUAUUUAUUUUCCACAUUGGUUCAGAAAGCAACAAGUUUGACAAUACCAAAAUUAGGUUCAAGAACCCAUGUGAGAAACGAAUGAAAUGACCCCCAGGCCUGUUGAGGUGUCUGAGCAGAGGUGUGAGAAGCAGUGGCAGUAAGAGGGUGGUCCCGGGGCAGGGGCAGGAUUCGAGUCACCGUCAGUGACCAUGUGACCACAUGCUGAUGCCCCCUACUCAGAGGAGCAUGGUGGGAGAUCCUGGGAUGCAUGGGGAAUGGUUCAGGCCUUCUGUUGCAGGGCGCAGCCACCAAGGUGGGUCUGUGCUUCCCAAGAAGACAGAACACCCAUACCUCCUUACCACUAUCAUAUCCCGUUAAUCUGCACGGCACGGAUGCCAUAUUUGGGAACUGGGUGAACCCACCAGCAAUACGUGCCCUGGCCCUUCUUCCUGGUUUCGAGGGUUUGCUCACGGCUGAUUUGGCAGCUGGAUAGAGAACCCCCGGGCAGGGCUUGGAGGCAGGCCAGAGGCAAGGUCUAUUGGGUCACGAUAGCAUGUUACCCCAGUAGACUCUGACGAUGGCCUUACAUCACACGCAGAUAACUGCCUCCGUUCUUAACCGUUAGACAUGUGUCAUCGAAGUGUGAAAACGUGUGUGCUGUCAGAUUUCCCAUCAUUUUCUGUUCUUUCGUUGCCGCUCAUUUGCAUGGGUUACUCAUAAACGGAGAUCUUUGGUGUGAUUUGUACAACCGCUGUGUGUGUUAGUCUGCGAAAAGGCAUCCGUGGGCACGCGGAGCGAUUGGGGCCACGAUCCCCGCGCGCUGGGUUUUCGGUGCUGCCGCCGUGGGCCCUGCCUGUGCCAGUGGGCGUCAGCAGGCAGAGGACACGGUGGGCUUCCCUGGCUUGUUGUUGAAGACUUGCUUUUAAAAAUAACCAGUUGUGCUUUCUAGCAUAAGGGUUUGGGGUUGUCGCACAGUGCCUCUCAUUGUUUAAUCCAGCUCACGUGGCACAGCUCUGAACAAAGACAGCCAGUUCUCAACUUUAUAAGUUCCAAUGUGAGAUCACUGAGGUACUCACCACACCACAAUUGUUCAUUAGAGACUUUCUUGCUUUCGUGUCUAAUUGUCUAGUACUAGAAAAUCCUCAAGCAUCUAGCUCUUUGUAGUUUUAUGUUAUGGGAGUGGGGUGGAUUGAACCUGUAUAUUAGUUGGGCUUUUAAAUUUUAUUUGUUUCAGUUGAUUUAUUUUGGGAGGGGCAGAGAGAGAAGCCCGAGCAGGCUCUGCACUGUCAUUGCAGAGCCCAACACAGGGCUCGAACUCACGAAACCGAGAGAUCAUGACCUGAGCCAAAACCAAGAGUCCAGACGCUUAACUGGCUGAGCCACCCAGGCGCCCCUUGGUUUUUUUAAUUUUAAAAAGUCAUUUAUCUUGAUGAGAAAUCAUAUGUCUUAAUAACCUUGAUAAACGCAGUUUUGCAUGAUUACACCUUAAGGUUGAAACACAUUUCAUUUCAUCAUUUCCCAGAAGGGGCAAUGAAUUCACCCGUUUCCUGUUUUUAAUCUCAGAAUGUUCUGUAUUUCCUCCAUAUCUACUUGCCCGGCAGCAAAACCCUGGAAGCAGUCGACACCAAACCCUUUUAACCCCUACCUAAGAUUUAUGCACUUGGUACACAGUUGCAAUGAAAAUCCACAGUUUCUCUGCCCAGAAAUGGAUAUGUGAGGCAAAAUUCACUGUCCCUGUUGUAAGUGAAAUCCUUCAGCAAGCUGGUCAGUGAUCUGAACUCAGUCUGACACGCACGCUCAUGGUUCACGUUCAAGGGCACCUCCACCAACUUAUUCAUCUAGCAUGUGGCGGGGAGGGAACAUUCCUUCGUGACCACAUUUUCUAAACUACUCAAACCUACCCAUUUUAUUUUCGGUAUAUUUAACCCGUUGGGAUGAGGGAUCUUUCUAGAACCCACUUGACCCCCUGAGAUUCUUUCAAGAAUAUCUUGAAAACAUUUCAAUGUUCUCUUCUCAGCUCAGGUCUGCUAUCGUAAAUACUAACUCGGGCGUUCCGGAGAGGUGAUCUGUGUGCACACAUUUGGCGAAUUGUAAACCCCGUGUGCAGGAAGGACUGUGCUCUCCGUUCAUUCAUUUACUCUUUAUUUAUUCCUUCCUUCCUCAGACAUUUCUCACGUCGCCAGUGCAGCGGCCUGUUGACUUCCAGAUAUUCGGUCCAGAUGGCCAAGAGGUAGUCCUCUUGCGGCCAGAAAUAAGACUUGCAUUUGUCUGGCCGUGUGGGCUGAGCCCUGUGCUUCACUGUUGGAAAAAGUCAGCGCCCCUGUGGACCUUAUCUCUGUUCCCUAAAUGACCCUGGCUCUCGAGUUCUCUUAUCUGGUUGCAUAGUGUUUUCAGCGUCGGCCUCAACUUUCUAAUAUGCAACUUCUAAUCUGCUGGGUGUUAGGUUAAGAAAGAACCAUUUAAUCAUUUUCAAAAGUGUGCAUGAGGUGAGGGCCCGUGAGUGUCACAGGGACUCACCCGUGAGUAGACGCGUGAAUCUGGUUCAAAGGCUUCUGAGUUCUCUUUUUGUCGGUUGCCUCAGAGGCUGGUUUUACUUUCUCAUUCUUGACCCGUUACCACCACGUGGUAUAGGUGGAUGUCUGACUUCUGAGUCAGUGUAAUAUCAACGGGAUGAUUCCCCCAAGUCUCUCUAUUUUUUAAAGUUUACUUAUUUUGAGAGAGAGAUUGUGAGCAGGGGAGGGGCAGAGAGAGAGAGAAAGAGAGAGAGAGAGAGAGAGAAUCCUAGGCAGGUUCCACACUAUCAACUCAGAGCCUGACGCGGGGCUCGAACCUCCGAACAGUGAGAUCAUGCCCCGAGCUGAGAUCACGAGUCAGAUGCUCAACUGACUGAGCUGCCCGAGCGCCCCCUCGAGUCUAUAUUCUUUAAGUUUAGCAGCUCAGAAUCAGGCAAAGGGAUUACAUUCGCCAUUUCUUUGAUCUUUAGUUUAAGUUUGAUCCAGUUUAAGUUUACACUGUAUUUCUUUCUAUCACUUAAACCCAGAGCCUCAAGCCAAAAUGGGAAAGGCUGAUGACAAUUCUUGAUCUAAUGUGCAAAAAUAUGUCUUAUUGUUACUUUAUUAGACAUUUUAUUUCACUUGGCCCUCAACCGCGACCAACCUUGGAGUAAUUGGUGACCAAAAUAUGAAUAUUUUGUCAUUGCAGAGGGCAAAACUUUCUGUGAAUUCCACAUGCUGUACAUUUUCCCUCAUAUAUUUUUAGAACUUUCUUAAUACUCAGUGUUCUGAAAAUAAAUAUUGCUCUCUUUUUUUCAAGUUAAUUUAUUUGGGAGAGAAAGAGAGAGAGAGAGAGUGGGGGGAGAGGCAGAGAGAGAGAGAGAGAGAGAGAUCAUCCCAAGCAGGCUCCGUGCCACCAGCACAGAGCCUGAUGCAGGGUUCGAACUCAUGAACCAUGAGGUCGUGACCUGAGCUGAAACCAAGAGUCGGAUGCGUAGCUGACUGAGCCACCCAGUUGCCCCAAAAUAAAUAUUGCUCUUCAAUAAGCAAGAUCACACCUUCCCACACCUCUUCUCCUUGCUUAGAUCUUACGGUAGGAUCUCAUCAUAAAAGACAGAAGCUGGGAGGUCUGGAGGCCAGAGGAACCACGGAGCCACCAACAAUGUGCCUGGAGCCCACGCUCUUCCUCUCCCGUCCCGUGGGAUUUGCAGUUCCACUUUGUCCACAUAGAGAGCCAGAGAAACCUGCUUUUCUUUCCCCUUAAUCCCGUCUGCCACAACUCUUGCCCUAACGGGCAGGCCUAGCCUCCAGAGCCCUGGCACACCACCACGCCUCCCCAGAACGGGCCUGAUGUCCAGUCUCCUGCUCAUUCCCUGAACUCGAGGCUCUGAUUCUGCAGUGUUUGUGCUAAGGCUUGUCAGAGACGGGAGGGAAAGAGGCCUGCCCCCUUCUUUUAUGCAUCAGCCCAGCCAUGACAGCUGGGGCUCUCUGAAGUCACCAAAUGGAGGGACAGGUAUGGUGUCUUCAUGUAGGGAAACUGAGGCCGGGGCUGGGAGCAGCCUGAUGGCCGGGGGCCGGUAGAUGCAGUUUUGGCUCCACGAUCGGUCUUCAACUGUGUCGUUUUUAUUGAAGGGCAUCUCUUGUUAGUGAAUCUCUGAAUCUACCAGCAAGUUCCUAAAACUUUCCUUUACAUACGUCUCCCGGCACCUUGGUUACCAGGCAGGGGAUCCCUUGGCCUGGGGACCCAACCUGUCCCAGAUGCGGGAUGCAGGAAUUGUAUUAAAACUCAAUGCCACGGGUGCCCAGGUGGCUCAGUCAGUCAAGUGGCUGACUUCGGCUCAGGUCAUGAUCUCACGGUUUGUGAGAGAGCCCCAGGUCAGGAUGUGUGCUGACAGCUCAGAACCUGGAGCCUGCUUUGCAUUCUGUGUCUCCCUCUCUUUCUGCCCCCCCCCCCAACAGAGGGUCCAGAGAAGGCAGAAUUCCCCUGGAGCAUCUGCAGACACUGGUGUGUCAGUCACUGGGGGCUCAAAAACCCCAGGUUUGCCAUUUGUGCGUGCGAGAUGCUUCUCAAUUGUUCUCCAGCCUGGUGGGGGGCAGGACCAAGAGACAGGGGAGCAGGGACAAGGGAAAACCCAUGCAGAUAUGCACCUGCCACUGCUGUGGGGAACCAGGCUUCCAUCCCACCAGAGCUCCCUCCCCCCCCCUCCGGGGGGCAGAAUGCAGGAGGGGGCAUGCAUGGCACCCCCCACUGGCCAAAGGCUGCCCCAUGGAGGGUGAGCGUCCUGGUUGGGAACUGCUGGUGCACAGCACAGGUUUUCCUGGAGCCUCCAAUGCCCUGGGCAGAGAGACAGAAUAUGGCACAGCUGAGCAGACGACAUGGGGUGCACUGGGCACACCUGCCCACAGCAGGUGAAAGGUGGCCAACAGGCUGCAGGUGGGACGGCGAGGUGGUGUGGUGCCCAGGUGAGGUCUUUGCUACUGUGUAUCAUUUUUUGGAUAGAUAGAAAGAAAGGAAGGAAGGAAGAAAGGAAGAAAGAGAAGGAGGAAGGGAGAAAGAAAGAGGAAGAAGAAAGAAAGAAAGAAAGAAAGAAAGAAAGAAAGAAAGAAAAAGAAAGGGAGGAAGAGAGGAAGGAAGGGAAGAAAGAAAGAAAGAAAGAAAGAAAGAAAGAAAGAAAAGAAAGAAAAGAAAAGGAAAAGGGAAGGAAAGGAAGAAAGAAAGAAAGAAAAGAAGAAAGGGAGGAAGAGAGGAAGGAAGGGAAGAAAGAAAAAGAAAGGGAGGAAGAGAGGAAGGAAGGGAAGAAAGAAAGAAAGAAAGAAAGAAAGAAAGAAAAGAAAGAAAAGAAAAGGAAAAGGGAAGGAAAGGAAGAAAGAAAGAAAAGAAGAAAGGGAGGAAGAGAGGAAGGAAGGGAAGAAAGAAAGAAAGAAAGAAAGGGAGGAAGAGAGGAAGGAAGGGAAGAAAGAAAGAAAGAAAAGAAAAAGAAAGGGAAAAGGGAAGGAAAGAAAGAAAGAAAGAAAGAAAGAAAGAAAGAGUAAAAGAAAGAAAAGAAAGGGAGGAAGAGAGGAAGGAAGGAAGGAAAGAAAGAAAGAAAAGAAAAGAAAGAAAGGGAAAAGGGAAGGGAGAAGAAAGAAGGAAAGAAAGAAAGAAAGAAAGAGGAAGAGAGGAAGGAAGGGAAGAAAGAAAGAAAGAGAAAAGAAAGGGAAUAGGGAAGGAAGGGAAGGAAGGAAGGAAGAAAGAAAGAAAAGAGAAAGAAAGAAAAGAAAAGAAGAAAGGGAGGAAGAGAGGAAGAAAGGGAAGAAAGAAAGAAAGAAAGAAAGAAAGAAAGAAAGGGAAGAAAGAAAGGGAUAAGGGAAGGAAAGGAAGGAAGGGAGAAAGAAAGAAAAGAAAGAAACAGGGUUCAGAGAUGAGAAACCAAGCUGCCAAAACUGAAGGGAAAAAAAGAACUGGGACAUUUUGGAAUCACAGGCUGGUAGCUCCCCGUGCUGGCUAGCACUGGCCACCUCCAUUUUGCUGAUACAGGGGAGGGUCUCACACGGCAGCCGUCAGUGCCCCUGGUGGCAGGCCCGUGGCCACGGGGCAGACGUCCCAUCCUCGGUGGGUGUCACGAGCGACAGCAUCACAGGUGCUCGGUAAGACUCAGGUUUACGUGUGGAAGAAAACGUCAGGGGCUUGGUUUUACGUGGCAUGGCUGGGCGUCAACACUGCAGGGUCCACAGCGUCACGUUGGGGUAGGAACCAUGUGUGAGGCAUAGAGUGUCAUCUAGAACAUUCACCCAGGAAGCCUGGAGGGUGGGUCACAGCCCUGGCAGUCAGCUCUGUAGGUGGAAAUUUGACCAGCCGCCCUCUGCUCAGGGAAACAGCUGAGCCCCGGUGCUCUCCCUGCCGUCAGACAGAAGCUCACUUCUAGGAGGUGAGGGAGGGGGAAGCAUCUAGAGGGUCCAGGCCAUCAGCAGGCGGUGACGAAGGGUUGAAGAACAUAAGCAGCGGCCAGGGCCCGGGGAGGCCUGACAGCAGGAUGGGAGGGAGGACGCACAGGGCCGUCCUGAGCUGCCCGCAUGUCCGAGCUCUGCCCACGGGCCGUGCACGGAGCCUUCUCUGGUUUGUAAUUCAUGACAACGGUUCUGUGCUCGCUUGCAAAGAACGAAUGGAAAGAAACGAUCCCGGGAAGGUUCUAUUCACGUGUAACGUCUAAAGAGAUAAGCAGCAGUUUUUCUGCAAGAACAGUAAUAAUUCCUGGGGGUAGUAGCCACUGUUUCUCUUGGACACCAGGGAACAGGGAAGAGGGGGGCAUUCAUUUUAAAACCUGUGCCUGGAGGGAGCUUCCCAUGUGAAUCCAGAGGCCUCGGAGGUGAGGCCCCCUCGGCGGGGCCCUCGCCCUUGCGUUACACGCCUGUGAAAACGGUAGAUAAGGAUUUUUCUCGGCGACCUCCUCGCCCCUCCAGCGGGAAUGCCUUUGACCCAGAGUCCCGCUGGUUAUCUCCACACGCAGAAAAUACCACAAACCGGUUAAUUCACAACUUCUUUCUCCUUCUUCCCUAAGUUUCGUGCUUUUUCCUCUCUGUCUGUUCUCGUUUCUUGAAAGGGUAUUUUUAGUCCCAAAGGGGGAUCUGCCUAAAUGUCGUUAACGUUUUCUGUUCGUUUUUCCAUCGUUUUGGUCUGAGCUCCAAGAUUACAGUGUUGAUUACGCCGAAAGGAUUUUUCACCCUGUUUUACUCCAGCCUUUUAAGUGGCAGAGAAAAAAUAACAGCAUGGCCCCUAGAAUUACCAGGGAUUUUCUGGACCUCACACCACUGAGGACAGACAUGCGGGGGAUGCGGGGAUGGGACCUCCUCACACAGCUGGGCCGCGGCCCGGACUGGUCCCUCGUUCAGGGGCCCGGACGAGGACAGCCUUGCCUUGCAGAAGUCUGCUUUGAUGAGGAAAGGCUCGUGAGCGUGUGUGAGUGUGGGUAUGAGCAUGUGACUCUGUGUCUGUGUAUGCGAGAUGGUAUGUGUGUGUGCACAUAUGCGUGAGCAUGACUGUAUGCAUAUAGGAGACGGUGUGUGUGUGACUGUGUAUGCGAGAGUAUGUGUGUCUGUGUGAAAGUGUGUAUGUAAGUGUGAGUGUAUGUAUGUGUCUCUGUGAGGGUGCAUAUCCAUAUGUGUGUGUAUCUGAGUGAAGCUGUAUAGAAGUACGUGGGUAUGUAUGUGUGAGUGUGUGUGUGUAUGUGUAGAGGUCUGUGCGUGUGUCUGUGUGAGAAUAUGUGUGCCUGUGUAUGAGUGUGUAUGUGUGAGCAUGUGAGUCUGUGUAUGUGAGAAUGUGUGCGUGUAAGACUGUGUGUGUAUGGGGGGGGUGUAUAUGUAUGUGUGUAUAUAUAGUGAGUAUAUACGUGUCCAGGUGAGAGCAUUAUCUGUGCAUAUGUGGGUGGAUGUGUAUAUGUUUGUGUGUCUGUGAGUGUGUGUGUAGAGUGUGUAUAUGCAUGUGCGCAUGUGUGUGUGUGAGAAUAUGCGUUUAUGUGAAUGUAUGUGAGUGCGUCAGUGCGUGAAAGUCUGUGUCUGCGUUUGUGUGGGUGUCUUUGUGUAAGUAUGUGUGUCUGUGUGUGUGCAUCUGUGUGUGAGUCUCUGUAUGAGUGUGUGCAUAUGCAUGUGUAAGUGUGUUUGAGAGUCUGUAAGUGUGUGUGUAUGUGUGUGAGAGCAUGUAUCUGGGAGCGUGUGUGUGUGUGUGAGUGUGUCUGCGUACGUGUGUGUGUGAGUCGAUAUGUGAGUGUACAUGUCUGUAUGUGUGUGUAUAUGUGUGAGUCUGUGUGUAUAAGUGUGUGUGUAUCUGUGUAUAUAUGUGUGUGAGUCUGUGUAUUUAUGAGUGUGCAUGUGUGUGUCUGUGUCUAAGUGUGUGUGUGAGUCUGUAUUUAUGAGUGUGCAUGUGUGUGAGUCUGUGUGUAUCUGAGUGUCCACGUCUGUGUGUAUGUGUGUGUGAGUGUGUAUAAGUGUGCGUGAGUCUGUGUAUAAUGUGUGUGUGGACGUGUCUGUGAGUGUGUGUCCGUGUGAGAGUCUGUCUCUGUGCGCCUGGGCGUGUGAGUGUGAGAGUCUGUGCCUGUGAGUGUUCAUCUGUGCAUACGUGUGUGUGCGCCUGGCCCAGCCACCGAAUGCAAUUCCUGACUCCUGCUUCCCUUUCUGUCACUUCUCCAUAAGUGUCCGCAUUUCGGUUGGCCUGGUGUCUCGCGGUGGCUUCCUCUUUUCCUGCAUCCCUAUAUUUCAUUAUUCGCCCUUGUUCCUCUUCUAGGCGCUUACAAUUCAGCCAGGAGGAUGUGGAAACCCAGUUACAAUAUGACACAUGCCUCCGUGUCACAAUCGCGCUCUCGGGCCCUGCCUCCUGGAGGCAUCUGGAUGGGGGCAGAGGGGGGAGGAGGGGAGCUGGUGUGGACAGAGGGCCGGACAGAAUGCAGAAGUUGGGGCUUCUGGAAACCCGAGGGCCGGCGAUCGCUGGGAUGGUUUUCCUCGGAAGCCUGGAGUUUCCCAUCCGCGGCCGGAUUCCAGCUGGGGCCUGAGGCCGCGAGCCUGCAGCCGGUAAUGUUAAAGUAGAGGCUCAGAGUGAUGAAGAGAAUGGGCGGGCCUGUGAAGUGAAUGGGGAAGAAUGUGCGGAGGAUUUACGAGUGCUUGAUGCCGCGGGAGAGAAAAUGAAUGGCCCCCACAGUGGCCAAGGCAGCAGAGCUCUGUCAGGAGCUGGAGGCAUUCGACUUCCUAACGGCAAACUAAAGUGUGAUGUCUGUGGGAUAAUUUGCAUCGGCCCCAAUGUGCUCAUGGUCCACAAAAGAAGCCACACUGGCGAGCGGCCUUUCCAGUGCAACCAGUGCGGGGCCUCGUUCACGCAGAAGGGCAACCUGCUUCGGCACAUCAAGCUGCACUCUGGGGAGAAGCCCUUUAAGUGUCAUCUCUGCAAUUACGCAUGCCGCCGGCGGGACGCCCUCACUGGCCACCUGAGGACGCACUCCGUUGGUAAACCUCACAAAUGUGGAUAUUGUGGCCGAAGCUAUAAACAGCGAAGCUCUUUAGAGGAACAUAAAGAGCGUUGCCACAACUACUUGCAAAGCAUGGGCCUUCCAGGCACGCUGUACCCAGUCAUUAAAGAAGAAGCUAAUCACAGUGAGAUGGCAGAAGAUCUGUGCAAGAUAGGAUCAGAGAGAUCCCUCGUGCUGGACAGACUAGCAAGUAACGUCGCCAAACGUAAGAGCUCUAUGCCUCAGAAAUUUGUUGGUGACAAGUGUCUGUCGGAUAUGCCCUACGACGGCGGCGCCAGCUACGAGAAGGAAAACGAGAUGAUGCAGACCCACGUGAUGGACCAAGCCAUCAACAACGCCAUCAGCUACCUGGGGGCCGAGUCCCUGCGCCCGCUGGUGCAGACGCCCCCGGGCAGCUCGGAGGUUGUCCCGGGCAUCAGCCCCAUGUACCAGCUCCACAAGCCCCACGCGGAGGGCCCCCCGCGGUCCAACCACGCGGCCCAGGACAGCGCCGUGGAGAACCUGCUGCUGCUCUCCAAGGCCAAGUCCGUGUCCUCCGAGAGGGAGGCGUCCCCGAACAACAGCUGCCAAGACUCGACGGACACCGAGAGCAACGCCGAGGAGCAGCGGGGCGGCCUCAUCUACCUGACCAACCACAUCACGCCCCAUGCGCGCAACGGCCUGUCCAUCAAGGAGGAGCACGCGGCCUACGACGUGCUGCGGGCGGCCUCCGACGGCUCCCAGGACGCCUGCCGCGUGAUCGGCGCGGGCGGGGAGCCCAUGAAGGUGUACAAGUGCGAACACUGCAGGGUGCUCUUCCUGGACCACGUCAUGUACACCAUCCACAUGGGCUGUCACGGCUUCCGUGAUCCUUUUGAGUGCAACAUGUGCGGCUACCACAGCCAGGACCGCUACGAAUUCUCGUCCCACAUCACCCGGGGCGAGCACCGCUUCCACAUGAGCUAAACCCCGCGCGGCCGCCGGCCCGCAGAGGAAGCACGCGUGGGUGGGGAUGGGGGUGGGGGGAGGGGGGGUGGCCAGGCCCUCCCCUCCCGCCAGCAGCACGGACUGGACCAGAACCUUGUGCUUUUGAUUUCUCGGUGGUUCUCUUGUUUUGUUUUGUAGUUUUCAGUCGGUUGGGGUUUGAUUUGCUUUGGAACACGAGACGAUUUUUUUUUUAUGGUUAGAUGCAGGGUUACGUUUGGAGCACCCCCCCCCCAAACUGCUCUCUUCCUAGAUGUUUGCCAUAGACUGUGAGCUGAAGUCCCCUCUAGCUGUGGCUUCCUGGAAGCCCCCGCCCGCCCGCCUCCGCAAGACUCAUCACUUUCAGAGAAAGUUUGAUACAAACAGGUCAGAGCCCAGGAAGGAAUGAGCCGGGGAACAGACCUCCAGGCACCCCCCUCCCAACGCAGCAGGGUCUAGAAACCCAAGUCAUAGCUUCUGGCCGUGUGCGUCUAGGGCUGGAGGCCUGCAGUUUCUAAGAGAUGUUGUAAGUCACAGCCCGCACAAAAGGCAAAUUGUUGGAGGAAAGUUGGACUCCUCGGACAAAGGGAGGGGCCAGAGAGCCUGUUGGUCUGGUUCUCAAUUUCAAAACCGCGUUAGCCUUCCAAGGCUGGCGGGCGAGCAGAAGAGUCUGAACACCUGGAGGCAGGUGUGGAAACCGCUGCCCUCUGCCUACUCCAGUCCGUGCCUUUCAUGGCCCAGAGUCUAUCACUGUGUUUCUAACAUCCAUCCCAAAACUUGGACCUCACUUCCUCUGAACCUCUCAAAGGGUCAAAUUACCGCGAAACCAAGGCUUGAUUCCAAAUUCUACACCCGUUGCUUCCCUGGCUGGUUCCCCUGACAGGCAGAAGCCUGCCUUUCCUUCAGAGGCCCAAACUAGACCCCACUUCAACUGUGUCGUUGUUUUGUUUCUCGGUAAGUUUCUUUCCCUGCCCUCAUUCUGCAUCAUUCAGGUUUUAAAAUCCACGAAAGCAGGAUUCAGGAUGGUCAUUAAUUUUCAGAGCAAGGGAACGUGACAGGCGAGGCCCAGGAGACGUUGUUCAUACACAGGACCCACGCCUUGGAAACCAAACUUUGAAACAGAAUGAGACUCCCCCGUGAGGACAGAGCAGUCCCUGUGUGCCUGCACAUGGACAUGAUGUGUGGCCCCGCGUCCCUUCUCCCUGGGAAUGUGGAACGGUCGGGAGCGAUCGCAUAACCAGCCAGCAGGAUCUGACCGGAAAGAGGCAGGUGGUGGCAGAGGUAGAACCUUCCUCAGGCAUGACGGGAGCCCCACUGAGGUGUUUGGUGAUUCGGAUGCCAACCCACAGGGGUCACCCUCAAGGUUCAUCCUGUCGUUAAGGAUAAUGACCCCAACCAGCUAGGCAAAUGAGAGCACACGGUUUCACACCUUUACGUGUCUUCGCCAAAACUGAGCCAAGGUGAACACGGGGAAAAAGAAAACAGAGGAAAAAUUGUCCAUUGGCCCCUCUGCAUUUAGUCUAAAUCGAGGUUUCUUAGUCACGGUGCUCUUGACAUUUGGGGCUGGGCAGUUCUUUGUGGUGGGGGAUUCUCCUGUGGGUUCUUAGCAUCCUUCCUGGUCACGACCCAACAGAUACCAGUAGCACCCCCGUUCGACACCCCAAAAUCUCUCCAGAUGUUGCCACAUAUCCCCUGGGGAGCAAAUCCUCCCUAGUCGAGAACCGCUGCUCUCGUUCUAGGCCAGUCCAAGGUCUGGGGAAGCCUUCCAAAGAGAAACACGCUGGAAGAAUGUUCCCCCUCUGCCGUGUAGCCCCUGACCCGUGUUCCUCUGUGUUCAUCGCAAAUUCUAGAAAUGAAUUUAUCCCACCUUCCUGUGCGCGUUUGGGUUCUGCUGAGAGGAUGAAGUCCACACCCAUCCUUGAGUCACAUGUUUCUUGGCUUACAGGAUGGGGACGGUGUUUUGAAACUGGAAAGUAACAUUGCAUUGACGCAGGGGCAUGCAAAGGCCCUGGGUAAAGUGCUGUAGAGACAGAUAGGGGGCGCAGGCGGUUCCAUACGCAGCCACAGAGAAAGUGAGAGAGACACAAAUUUCCUGUUUGCUGGGGCCACUCAGACCCAACCUGUUCCCUUCCAUCAUCCCACAGAGCCAGUUGGUUGAAAGGAGUUAACCCCCCCCCCCAAAAAACUUCUCACCCCCGCCCCUCGCUGUGGCUUCAAACAAAGCUUAACCCAGAACUGUAAAUAGCGGCUACAAAUGUUCUUUUCUAAAGCGCUUCCCCUCCGCUCACUGCCUUUUCUAGCCAAUGUAACCAUCUAUUUACACACCUUUUCUUGUGGUGUUCUAUGCUAACACCAUUUUUCUUUGAGAUUAUCGUGUUGGAGGUGUAACGGUCCCAUAGAAUGUCAGCUGGUAACUAAGUUACGUUAGGAAGGUGGUCAUAUUCUGUACCAAAAGCCGUUCACGUUUUUCUUCUAGCCGAGCAACGUAGGAUUGUGCAUGACCUCACGCCUUUUCUGUUCUGUGGUCUGUUCUGCUGCUGGAUGGUGUGAAUGUGUGUCUUGAGAACCACUGUGUUCUGAAGUGUGCCUAGGCUUCGUGCCCCCGCAUUUGAAAAUAAACGUCAGAGACAAGAGCGUCGCUCUCGCGGGUGGAUGUGUGGGUUAUGGUAAGAAAUCGCUGCCCCUCUGUCUCUGAGCUUCUGUGGACCGAAAGCCUGGACGCCUGCUCCUUAUCCAGGUCCCUUCUGUGCCGUAUGCCUUAGAGCACACGCUGCCCUGUCCAAAGAGUCACUAAAAAAGAAUUGUGACUCUUCUUCAUCCGUCACCAAGGGGCGUAUGCCUGUCACUUCAGAGACCAGAGUGUUCCACUGUCAAUGUAGCAUCCACCACAUGACAUCUUAGAGUCUUCAUUGAGAAAGAAAGCUACUGUUACGGGCAUUCGAGUUUGUUCUUUUUUUGGGGGGGGGGGGGGGGGCUCUUUCUAUUUUUGUGGGGAUUUUUUUUUUGUUUGUUCUCAUCACUGUGUAACCCUGAUGAGUGUCACGCUCUUGCCAAAACAAAAGCGACACCUAAUGGACUUACAUAGAUUGGGAAGCAAAGUAUUACUCUAUCCUGCACUUCCUAAGUUUCAGCAAUAAUGAAGGGUCAGCUCUAUCUAAAAAUCCCGAUAGCUGUCAUAUUCAGUUCAGUGUGUGUGUGUGUGUGUGUGUGUGUGUGUGUGUGUCUUACUUAAAAAAUGAACCAAACUCAGAUUUAUUUAAGAUGUUCAGUCUUGGGAAAAUGGAAGCACAUCCACAGUUGGUGUGGUCUUGGUGUGGUGGCAUUCACUGUGAACAGACGUAGCCAGAAAUUAAUAUGCAAUAUUGUUUUAAAUACUUUCUAAUACACUUUUCUAUGAUGUUGUGUGUGUAGCCAGUGCCACCUGGGGUCUUCGUCCACCAUUCUGGAAAAUAUGUGUACAGGACUGUAAAUGAGAAAAAAAAGCUGUUGUAUUUGCUAUCCGCCUCUCUGGUGAUGUUAAAUUAUUUCUGUUUAGCUGUGAACAAGGGGCGUGCCCCUGGAGGGAUAGAGGAUACUUUUGUACACAUUUUGAAAUGCUUUUUUCUGUAGUGGUAGAACAAUAAAUGCAACAAACACUU